AUGCCUGAAACCCCCAAGAAGAAGGAACCCACUGCCUCCGAGGCCAUGUUUUUUUUCGCCAUUGUGAAGCAUACUCGCAACAAGGCGGACAUUGACUGGAGCGCCGUGGCCGCGGAGCAGGGUUUCAAGAACGCAGAAGUCGCCAAGGUCCGCUUCGGCCAGGUCAAGCGCAAGCUGGGCAUAACCACCAACACCGACACGCCUACCGCCUCUCGCACACCCGUCAAGAAGGGUACUUUUGCAGCCGACACUCCCACUAGGGUCACGAAGAGCAGUGGCCGGGCGGGAUCCAAGGGGAGGGCCAGGGGAAAGGACGUCAAGGUGGAGGGCGAGGACGAUGACGACGAGACCGUGGUUGGGAUGAAGAAUGAGCAUCUGGAUGCCGAGCUGGAGGCUGACGUUGGGUCUUUUUUGACUGAGGAGGCGUCGUUUAUGGAUGGGGAGGAGCAUACAGAUCCGUUUUAG